AUGCGGCAGGACGCGAGCGUCGAGUGCGGCUCCGACGAUCACGGACCCAUCACCGCCCUCGCCACCGGCUUCAUCGUCCUCUGGCCCGCCGGCUCGCUGGUCCUCUUCACGUCGCUCCUCGCCGCUUGCUACAAGCCGCUGCAGGCCAAGACGCCGAAUGCUCUGACGCGGGCCACCGCCUUCCUCCACCGGGAGUACGAGACGACCUGGUACUGGUGGGAGGCGGUCGAGCUGGCGCGCAAGCUCGUGCUGACUGGCUUCGUGCUUCUAAUACCGGAGGAGCGCGCCUUUGUUCGCCUCGUGGUGGCGACGCUCAUCUGCUCAUGCUACGCCGUCGCACUCGCCGUCGUGCGGCCGUACAAGCGGGUCGAGGACAACGUGCUCGCCGUCGCCACGAGCCUCGUGCUCCUCCUCCUCUUCCUCGGCACCAACUGGAGCACCAUCUUCCUCGGCAUCCAGGAGCGGUACCAGGGAGCAGAUCCCGCCGAUGUCCUCGGCUUCCGCAGCCUCAAUGUGAUUGUCGACUCGAUGAUCAUCCUCGUUGCAGUCGUGCUCGCCUUCUUCCUCGUCGGCGCCAUCGUCGCCGCCCGUCGCGUCGCCAAGAUCCCCACGAUCCGACUCGUCUCGACCAAGCAGCCCCCCGAGCUGAGCAUCGUGAGGGGCCUCACGUGGCACCUCUUCAACAGCCACAUCUGGUCGACCGGUCAAGACGCCGUCAAGGUUAUCAAGGGUGAGCUCGAGCAGCUGCUGCCGAACAUCAAAGUCUUUCUCGACGUAGAUGAUCUCAAGGAUAUCGGGGCGCUGGAGGAGUACAUCCAGAGCUCGCAGGUCAUCCUCUUCUUCCUCUCGCAGGGCUACUUCCGCUCCAAGAACUGCCUCCGAGAGGUCCGCUCGUCGCUCGAGAAGGACAAGCCGCUCGUCCUCGUCCAAGAAGCGGACCCUGAAAAGGGCGGCGGGACGCUCCAGGCGCUGCGCGACGAGUGCCCCGAGGACCUGCAGCCGGCCAUCUUUGACAACGACUGGCCGCUCACGAUUUGGUAUCGCAUCGAUGAGUUUCAGCUCAUCUCGCUCAAGAUCAUCGCCGAGGCGCCGCCGGCCACAGCCAGCUCCGCGGUGCUCCUCUGCUCGCCCAACUUUCUGGACAGGACCUCCCUUCCGCUCUGCGUGUCGGGUGAGCUCGAGAGCCAGUCGCUCGCCUUUUCCAAACCGUGCACGCUCUGGGCCUCGCCAGCCAACGCGGGGUCGCUGGCGCUGGCCGAUGAGAUCGCCGCCGCCUUUGCCCCAGAUCGUGAGACCGCCGGUCUCACGAUCUGCGCCACCGGCGUGUGCAACUGCGGCUCAACCCGCCGCUCUCGCCGCCGUCGCAAGCUCCUCUUCAGCAAGAUCCCGGCUUCUGCGCCGUGCUUCUGCGCAUACCCGUAG